CCCUCUAUAACGAACCCACACUCCUUCAUCAUCUUGAGUUCCCUAAGCGACCUGCAGAUGAGAAACAAUCACGACAUUAUAUCCUCUUCACUAUCUCGAUAGCUCUACACAUCAUGGAAGACGCACGCUCAUCCUCGCCUCCACCACCCUCUGUCAAUGAACCAUACCGGAUCCCUCUGUUUAGCUACGUAACAAAGACAUCGUCAACAUCGUAUACAACCGACAUUCGGCUCUGGUUCGCCAUUGUAGCCCUGAGUGCUGGGGUUCUGUUUUGGAGAGGCUCAGGGUGGGAGUUUGCGUUGCUGGCUUUGGGCGGAGGGGUUACGGUCUGGAAGACUGCGAGACAGAGAGAGGGUGCCGAGUACAAGAGGGUGAGGAGAGCGUUGAGAGUAUAAUGAUUUGGCGGAUGAAGGCCUCGGGCUGAUUUUAGUAUGUCAGGAGGUGGAUGGAGAGACGUAUGAUGGCUUAUGAUUCCAGAGCGGUGAUUGUUGUACUGGCAUGCUGAGAGAAGAGAUGCGCAAAACGAUGACGCUUUUCCACAUCACAAGGCUUCUGAAAGGGUUUCGGCGGCUAGUUAUGGCCCAAGUUGAGUAGAUGGUUAAGAAAGAGUAGUGCAUCCAUCACACUUCCCUAUCAACGUAUAUCUAACUUGAGACCCAACUUA